AAGCGCUUCUUGUGGGUCACUCCACCACACUCACACUCCCACUCCCUUUUCUUUCUCUUUAACAAAAUAUUAUUGUUUUCCCCCCUUCUCCUUUUUUGUCAAUGUGUUAACAAAAUAAAAAUAAAAAAAACCAAAUUCAAUAGUUCAAACUUUCAAAUCCAAAAACAAACACAAAGAAGGUGAAUUGUGUGAUGACAAAGAACGUGGCUAACGCGGUUGGAGGCAAAACCGCUAGAGCUUGUGAUAAUUGCAUAACAAAGAGAGCACGUUGGUAUUGUGCUGCCGAUGAUGCUUUUCUCUGUCAAGCUUGUGACUCUUCUGUUCAUUCGGCUAAUUCAUUAGCUCGAAGACAUGAAAGGGUUCGUUUGAAAACGGCGUCGUACAAGUCAACUGGUAGUGGUAGUGGUAGUGGUGAAUUCAUCAAUUGUGGUCCAUCUUGGCACCAUGGUUUCACCAAGAAAGCAAGAACACCAAGACAUGGGAAACAAUACUCUGCUUCAACUACUUUACAAACAACUAAAUCAUCCUCUCCGGGGAGGAAGAAUUAUAAUCCGUUCCAUCUCGUCCCCGAAAUGGGUUUUGAUGAGGUUAAUUCUAUUUCUCAUGAAGAUAAUGAGGCGCAGCUUCUUUAUCGAGUACCAAUUUUUGAUCCUUUUGUUGUCGAGUUAUGUACUAGUCCUCGUUCUGAAGGAGGACCAGGAGCAGUAGUUGUUACUUCUGCUUUCGCUUCUGAUGUUAACACGAGCGAAAACAAAGUUCAAUUGGGUGGUGAUAGUAAUUAUGAGAUGGAAAACUUUCACGGGAUUCUCCCAUCUGAUAUUGAACUUGCUGAAUUUGCAGCUGAUGUUGAAAGUUUAUUGGGUAGGGGACUAGAAAAUGAGUGUAUAGGGAUGGAAGAGUUGGGUUUGGUUGAUACAAAACGUGAGGUGUACAGUGAGGGGAAGGUGAAGGUGGAAGAUGAAGAGAGCCAUGAAGUGGUUGUUUUAGAAGGAUACAAAAUUGAGGGAGAUAAUAUUGAGAUGGGAAAAGAAUCUUCAUUUGAGUUGAAUUUUGAUUAUGAUGACUCUAAUGAAACAAGUGAAGAGGUGAAGGAGAAGGUUGAGUUGGAAAUAGGGAAGUGUGGAGAACAAAAUGAAAAUAAUAAUAAUAAGGGGAAAAGGAAGAUAUCCUUGCAGCUAGAUUAUGAUGCAGUAAUCAUUGCAUGGGAUGGCCGAAAGUGUCCCUGGACUACUGGUGACAAGCCAAAUUUGGAUGCUGAUGAGACCUGGCCUGAUUGCACGGGAUCUUGUGGAACGGAGGUUCUUUAUCCUUACGGUGAAUUAGGUGGAUAUGAGUGCCAUCCAGUAAUGGCAGACGGAGGGAGAGAGGCAAGGGUUUCAAGGUACAGAGAAAAACGAAGAACAAGGUUGUUCUCGAAGAAAAUAAGGUACGAGGUUAGGAAAUUGAAUGCAGAGAAGAGACCCAGAAUGAAAGGUAGAUUUGUGAAGAGAGCUUCUUUUGCAGUUCCAACAUUUCCUUUGCUAAAAUAGAUAACACCUUGCAUUCGUUGCUUUGCUCUACCUCUAAUAAUUUGCUAUUUUAUGAGUUUUCAUUUUGUUUUACUUUAUUUCCUACUUCUCUGUAUAUAAACAAUUUUGUUAAGUUCCUAAAAUGCUUUAUUGGUUCCACAUGAUAAAUAAAUCUUAGUUCAUUUAGGCAAUUCUAUAA